UUCCAUUGCUGUUCCCCAGGGGCAGGUCUAGUUUCUUUGGGCUGGUAAUGUCAAGAAGUGGAUUUUUUUUGUUAUAUAUAAAGUUUGUAUAUUUUGAAUUGGUCCAUAACCUACAAAGGAACUUGCUUGGCAACAAAUGUCCAGGUUUAUAUGGAAGAGGUUUUCAGUCUGCAGCUCUAUAGUGAGCCAUGUUUAUCUUUUUAUAAAAGGAAAUGCCAAAAUGAAACCUCUGCAGUGUGUUGGACAAUUGAGGAAAUGCAUCACUUUUAUUCCCCUUCGUAAGGCAAAGACUUCUUAUGCAACUGGGCCCUUUUACUCGGGUUUACUACUCCCAAAUGUGCAUUCUGCACUACAACGGCUUGGAGAUCAUCCACAAAGAUCAUGUUUUCAGAAUACUUGUACUCUGUGGGAAUGUGAAAAAGUUCAAAAUUAUUUGGAGUCCUUAAGCAAAGAGCAUGAACGUUUAACUGAAAUGCUGGGCCUUCCUUCAGUAAGAGAAGAUGAUCGUAGGUCUGUUAGCAAGAGACACUCUGAAUUGUCUCCUCUUAUUGGUCUUCUAAGAGAUAUUAAGGAGACACAGCAAGAAGUCAGAGAACUGGAAUUAAUGUGUGCUGACAGCAGAGAGGAGGGUCAAAUGCUUGCCCUUGCUCUAGAAGAAAAGGAUAUUCUGAAGCAAAAUAUUAACAAAUUACAUGGAAAGCUACUGCAGGCUUUAUUACCACAUGAGAAAUAUGAUAUGAACGAUGCAGUGCUGGAAGUCACAUCUGGCAGAACAACUGGAGGUGACAUUUGCCAGCAAUUUACAAAAGAAGUUUUUGACAUGUACCAGAAUUAUGCCUAUUACAAGUCUUGGUCAUUUGAAAUUUUGAAUUAUUCCCCUGCUGAAUAUGGUGGACUACAUCAUGCCGCAGCACGGAUUUCAGGAGAGGGUGUGUAUAAGCGUUUGAAGUAUGAAGGAGGCACUCACAGAGUGCAGAGAAUUCCUGAGGUGGGCCUCUCUUCUAGGAUGCAGAGAAUUCACACUGGAACCAUGACCGUAAUUGUGCUUCCACAGCCUGAUGAGGUGAUGGUUAAAAUUGAUUCCAAAGACCUGCGUAUUGAUACUUUCCGAUCAAAAGGCGCAGGAGGACAGCAUGUAAAUACAACGGACAGUGCCGUGAGGAUUGUUCAUAUGCCAACAGGUAUAGCCGUUGAAUGCCAACAGGAGCGCUCACAACUUUUAAACAAGGAAAAAGCUCUACGGAUUCUGAGAACUAAGCUGUAUGAACAGACCGUAGAACAGGAAUUGUUGGAGAGGCGCAGUGCAAGGAAGUUACAGGUAGGCACAAGAGCUCAGUCUGAAAGAAUUCGAACAUACAACUUUACCCAAGAUAGACUGACUGAUCACAGAAUACACUAUGAAGUUCGCAAUCUUAAGGAAUUCUUGAGUGGUGAAGAACUUUUAGAUGAGCUACUACAAAGGUUACAAGAAUCCGCUGAUACUGAGGCUAUAAUGGAGCUUAUAGAAAACUAUUCUGCAACACAGGGAACAUGAUACAUUACUCUUUCAUUUUAGAGGCAUUGUAUAUGGCAGAACACAUUGGUAUCAAACAGGACAGAAAGUGAAUACCAAGAUACAUAUGGCAAUUGGUUACAAGUUUACUUCUCUAUUUUCUACCAGUCAAGAUUUAUACAAAAAUAUACCAAAGCUAAAGCCAGAAACUAUACAUGAAUUUUUUUAGCUAUAUAAACCACUGAAUAAAGGAAGGCUUGCUUGGUUUCUCUAGUCACUCAUUCAGGAGGUGGGGCAAGUAAUAAAUGAUUGAAUGCUCAGAUAUUUAAAUACCUUUGUAACCGGUAUGCAUGUUUUAAUAAAAAAAAAAAAUUUGGGUUCUA